AUGGCACAUCCCAAGGACAAACACUACUGGAGACAGCUCAGAGAAGCUCUGACCGCCGGAAAGUGGGAUAUCUCGUCUCCGGGUAGAGCGACUAAUGGAACGCAGCUGUCGUGGUCGGAGCUGCUUCGAAAGUUCAAUAAGCAUUGCGUCGGACAUACCGACGUCGCCGAGCUCGCGUCUCAAACCCAGGCACUCUCUCUUCUUCUCUCCGCCAACUCCAGCGAUCAUAGCCUCGACGGCAACGAUGUUAGCGGACGAAAUCCUCUCUUACUGUCUCAGGAAUGCAUGUUGCCCAAGGAGAGAAUUGAAGAGGCGACGGCUGGGUACAAUGCACUUAAGACUAUUGAAUCAUCAAACUUAGACUCUAUCAAACUCGCAGUGGCAUACUAUGAAUACGCACUUAGGCGACCUGCGGAAUGUCUCGCCACUCUCGCGCAGGCGAAGGUUCCUACAGACGUUCAGGAUUAUACUGCACCGUCCGGCACCGCACGAUCGAAAGUGACGAACGGUUCAGUUCCCGGAGCCACCUCUGACAGUUCCGUUUCUUCACCGUGGACAGGCAGCGUUACCACCACCCUGUCCACCGCAUCGGUCGCCGACAUCAGCGACGGCAGCUCUUGGGCUGUAACGGAGAGCAUCCGCAGUAUAUGUUUGCAAGGCAUGUCGUAUGAAGUAAUUUCACCAGACGACCCUCAAACAGCUUUCAACGCGUAUCUCACGGCGUCCUCGCUCAUUGGCUAUGUUGCGUCCGAGGUACCUGCAUCUGUUCCGCAGAAGGCUCCGGCGACUCCCUCUGCGGGCAUGAUGAGUCCAAACACGUUCUCGCGCUACCGCGAACUUUGGCGCUGGGUCGAGCGGCUGCUCCGGCGUGCUAUCAUCUUGGGUUCAUAUCUCUGCGAUGUCCGCCAGACAGAACAAGAAGGUGGCGUGCUCUGGAAGCUCUUCGACCAUUAUCACACCUGCAGCGGUCAUUGGCCACCAACAUUCCGCCCAGAGCUGCGCUCGACCAUUGCUGUGCUUCAUCUUCGCGCAUUCGUGCUUCGAUAUGGACGUUUGACAUCACCUGACUAUUCAGAACCGGCAUCCGGAAGUGACAAACGUCACCGCUGGAUCAGUGCGGCGCGCUCUGUCAUCCAAGAAUAUCGAGCGAUCCUCAGCAUCAGCACACAGUUCCCUCGAGCUCGCCAGCGGAACGUGAGAGUAGAAGACCUUGUGGACCUUUGCGUCGCCAUCUGGGAAGCUGACGGCGCUGUCGGCGAGUACGCUGGCUGGGUCAUCGACGUAUUGUGGUGGGCAACGCGACUUACCUUCAACUCUUACAGGGUCUUUCGCCACAUGAGCCGUCUUCUGUACGUCUCCGGCGAUUCGGAGCUUGCGAAACGCACGUUGCGCUUGUAUGUGCAGGUUGUAAGCAAAGCACGAGAAGCUGGUCUUGGAGAGAGCGAGCAUUACGACACUGUGACCUUGGGGGGUGACGUUGACACAGAUCAGAACUGGGUACAGGCACUGAUUCAUGGUGCGAGAAUGCUCUGUAGGUUAGGAUUGGCCGAAGAGGAUGGCUCGAAAGCGGUUGAAGAGGCUAAGGAAGCGGCCGUGAUGAUCGAAAAGGCCAAGACGCGGUUGGACUCCAGGGACAAACAGCUUGUUGCCAGCCUACAGCUAGCGGAGGGAAUCUGGAAUACUACCAUGGCCAAUAUUGAACGGGAUCCGCGCACCCGGCCUUCAUACUUUGAGAAGUCUCUUCAGCUUCUUCUUACUUCAAGGGAAUCGUUCUCAACGCCCUCCGUUCACUAUCACCUGGCGCUGGCGUAUGCACGGCCAGGCCCAUCUCAGGAUUUGCAGGCUGCCAUAGGACACGCGCGAACAGCGGUCGAAGGUGAUCCUGGGAGUGUCAGACACUGGCAUCUACUAGGGCUACUUUUGACGGCUAUUGGAGAUUGGAAAGCUGCAAGAGGUGUCCUUGAUAUUGGUGCUGGUGUUGGUGAAACAGAUCUUGUGGACGACCCUCGUGAAGCGCAGGAGAGCGCACAGCUUCAUAGUGUCGACGGGCUUCAUGCUCAAGACUUUGCCCUCUCCGGUCUUAAUCAAGCUACUCUGAAAGCGAAUGGCGGGGCCAACGGUCACCCACCAAAUGGACACAUUAACCCAUCUGUCUCUCACAUCGAUAAUCAUUCGAUUACAGUACUGGCCCAUGACGCUACCACCAUUCCUCCUUCUGCUACACUCUUACAACCACUUCCUGAUCAUCCACCUCCCUCCCGCCAAGAGUCGUUUGAACAUGCUUUGCAAUUGCGCAUGACGCAACUCACACUGUCCGAGUUCGUGGAAGGUCCGGAGGGAGCGGGAGAAAAAUGGGUUGAAGUGUUUCAAUGGUUUUCUGAGCGAAGAGAAGUAGGCAUGGAUGAUAGGAGGAUGUCCAUUGACAGCAGACGUAUUUCUGAAGAAUUCAAGGCACCUUCUGAAGUUCUCUCCGCGGAAAGGCUUACAACGCCGAACAUGGGCGAAAGAUCCCUGCCAACGAUACCCUCGUCGGCGGAGGGCCUCGUCGAUCAGAUACCCAUCCCUUCUACGCCCAUACCCAUUACCGUCACGCCAGCUUCACCUGGUAUAACAAGUCCCUUAUACUCCGCAGAAUCUUCGACGCCGUCGCAGCCCGAGCCAGGAGAGGAGCUUGAGAAGCAUCGGGCUUCCGGAGAGAGCAAUCAUAGGGAUAUGUCGAGGGGGAAAAAGGUGCGACAGGUCCUCAAAAGCCGUGUAUCUAAGGGUCAGGCAACAAUAACUACGAUCUCGAGGAAAAUUGGACACAAUGUUGGAAGGCAUGGUAGUCUACACAUGAAGAGAUCGAAUUCUGCGCCUGAUCUACACGCUGUGCUAAGUCAGACACCCUACCAAGCCUCAUCAAUACACCUGCGACAACAUCUCAGCAUCUACGCGUCGCAACAGGACCUCUCUCUUUUGCAGCCGCCACCUCCACCUCCACCUCCACCGCCGCCUUCGCAAUCUUCUACACCCACCACCUACAGACAAAAUUACCGGGCAGCAAAAGAUCGGCGGUUGCUCAGCAAUCUAUGGUUGAUGUCUGCGGCGACCUUCCGAAGGCUGGGGAAGAUCGAACAGGCCCGAGCAGCGAUUCAGGAGGCGGAGGUUAGGGAUGAGAAUAAUCCUGCUGUGUGGGUACAGCUCGGCCUGUACUACAUGGCUCUUGACAAUGAGCGCCGUGCAUUGGAAGCGUUUCAAAAGGCGUUGUUCAUCUCGCCCGACGACAUCUCCGCGACCAUCCAUCUUUGCCGGUUGCAUCUUCCAUCCACGUUCUCACAGUCGCGACCACGACAAAAUGCGGUCGAGUCAGAUCGUGACGACGUGGACUUGUCAGUGGGCCUCUUAUCCGACCUGACCCGCGGAGUUGCAUGGGACGUACCGGAGGCAUGGUACUUCCUAGCAAAGCACUGUGGCUUGCAGGGAAGGAAAAGCUUGGAACGAGAUUGUCUCAGCUUUGCUCUGACGUUGUCCGAGGCAAGAGGGUUGCGAGAUAUUGGCGUGGCUGUCGGAUGGUGUCUCUAG